GAUAUUUUGACGUUUUAUAUUCGAUUCACGAGUCAGGACUGUAGUGUGAAGUUUUUGUAAAAAUCAGCGAAAUUUGAAGGAAAAAGCAUUCAAAAGGCAUUAGAAAUCACUAGAAAGGAUCGGUUUGAUUUAACAAUGCUUCACACACAUUUGCGUCCUUUGAUCCAGUCUGGCGCAGGGAUUCGGUUCUAUGCAACGGCAGAGAAAAGCGCUUUGGCUAGUCUGCGGAAGAAAACAGGAUACACAUUUGCGAACUGCAAAAAGGCACUAGAAUUGCACAACAAUGAUUUGCUUAGAGCAGAGCAAUGGUUGAAGGAGCAGGCUCAAGCAAUGGGUUGGUCCAAAGCGACCAAGUUGGAAGGUCGAAACACGACCCAGGGUUUGGUGGGAGUUCUAAUCAGGAGCAACAUUGGUGCGAUGGUUGAAGUAAACUGCGAGACCGAUUUUGUUGCCAGAAAUCAAAGCUUUCAAAAGUUUGUUCUAAACGCAUCAGCGGCUUGUGUUAGGUACAUGGAUCAAAUAGAGGGAGAUACCAAUCUGACCAAAGUUGGACUGAACGGCGAAGCUCUGAAGCAGAUCGUGAUGGACGAUGGCAAAUCGCUGGGCGAUCAUUUGGCUCUGAUGAUUGGUACGGUGGGCGAGAAUGCCUCGCUUAGCCGAGCCAUUUGCUUCAAAGCUCCUGAAACUAUAAAGCUCACAGGUUACGUGCAUCCAGCCCCGAUUGAGGACAUACCGUCGGACAUUCCACAGUACGGCAAAUAUGGCAGCAUAUUAGCAUUUAAAAACACCAGUUCCGACUCGAACGGGGAAGUAGCGAAAAAACUGUGCCAACACGUUGUUGGAAUGAAACCGGAUCGAAUUGGGGACCGGAGCCGAGAUGAACCGGCUAAGGAGAAGGAUGAUGAAACUUGUUUGAUUUAUCAGGAAUAUCUUGCAGAUCCUAACUACACUGUGGGAGAGGUCAUGGAAGCCAAUAGCAUCGAGGUAGUCGAUUUUCAACGGUAUGAAUGCGGCGAAAAAUCAAAAACUGAGGAUGAGAAUGUUAGAGCUGUGAACUGAAUCACUAAUGCGUUCUGUUAUUUCGAAUAUUAUAUGUGAUUAGUUCAUACAAUACAGUUUCUUAUUGAAUUUCGACAAAUCCAUUCAAAGGUUAAAUUUGAUUUCAAUGCACAGAUUCCAAAAUUGCUUCUAUCAGGAAUGC